UAUGAUUCUGCUGCUUUUCUAGCUAGUCACACGAAUCAGUUCUAUUUCAGUAUCGUGUCCAGGUGGGAUUACAAACAUUCUUCGACAUGGUCCCAUUUGCGACCGACACUCACUACCAAGAUAAUCAAUUCAGAUUCACGCUCUAAUUACUUUCUUGACACUCACUAUGUUAACCAACAACCCGUCGGUAGACUUCUAGAGUCACGUAUGUGAAUCAUUUUCUUGGUGUCUGCCUGAGGUAAGUAUCCAGCAUGGCUACGACUUACUCACGUUUCUUUUGUCGAAAGGCGCCUCAGGGGUUGCCUGCUCGAAUCUACGAUUACUCGGGUUUCCUACUCUACCUAGUAUUUAACACAAUCCAUAUUGGCAAGUCUUCCCUUGCAAAGACCACCAGACCCCCUCUAAGUCAUUUGUGCCCCUUAAGAAAGCGAUCAGUUAAUAGAACGAUCAUUAAAUAAUGUUUGUUCUAUUCCUACUUGCCAACUUAUGUUUGGCUGUUGCGCAAGAUAGCAGACGCGUGGACCCUAACAAUCACUUUAUAUAUCCUCCGCUGCCGGGACCUCCCAUCGGCGAAGACCCUCACGCUUACGAUGCAAAUAUUAACUUCAUUGUCGGCAAAGCACCGGAGCAGUCCUUCAAAUGGGUGUCCAACAUCACAAGUUUGAAGGUGCAGAUAGUCCAGGAAACGCCACCGAACGUCGAGAAUCAAUAUGUAAUUAGGGACUGCGACCCAGGCUCUGACAAUACCGUCCACUGGGACGGGCAAAUUGGUGAUAUCGACCUCGCCCAUGGCUUGCAGGCGUACCUCGGAGCUUGGGACUGUGCAGCUGGUAAUGACGCGGCUCCGGUGUUCUUCUCGCACUACAUCAACCUCGUCGCCACUCCCCCGCCAUCUUCCGCCAACACAUCGCUAUCUCCAUCGCCCGAGGUGCCCCCCGCGGCUGAAGAUAACUCGCCGGCCGGUAUAAACGCCGGGACGGUUAUUGGCGUUGCUUUCGGUAUCGGCGCACUGGCGACCCUGGUGCUUACCGUAGUCUUCUAUCUCGGGGUGAAGCGGGGCCGGACAACCGAGAGACGAGAGCAAGAGGCGAAUCGAGCUACUUGGAUGGACGACAUGAGUGGCUACGAGAUGGGCCCGCCUCCAGCAUCGAACGUGGAAACGGCGCCGGUUCCUCUCCCGCCUCCUCAGCCACCUUUACCAACUUACUCCGAGAGCUCAGACAGGAAGAAUGCUAGGUGAAGUAGCCAAAGGGGGAGAUAGCAUGGGUUUUUCACCGAUAGGUGCCUACUCUACUGUCUAACUAUCCCAGGUUAUGAGGCACGGAUAGGUGGGCAUACCUAUAUAUGAAAUAUCAUAGGUCAGAUCUAGAAGCUACGAUGGACUAGCCAACUAGGUCGUCCUGAUUCGGACAUUCCGAAGGUGGAAGAUUAAGUAGUACAUUGACAUCAAAUCUUUUACUCUUUGAAGCCGAUGCUGGCCUUUGGUGUCUAGUAAUCGCAUAUCUCCCGU